AUGAAGGCCAUUAGGCGAUCCUUGAAAGGGGAGAGAGAUCCCAAACACCACCACAUCUCCAUCACCCCCAAGUCCGCCAUUGCGAUCCUACCCCCGAAAAAGGUGAUCAAGGCGCUCUACGACUACACGCCCGAAGGAGCGACACAGGAAUUGGCGUUCAGCAAGGGAGACUUCUUUCACGUUAUCAGUCGCGAGGACGACUCGGAUUGGUACGAAGCGUGCAAUCCGCUGAUCCCUAGUGCGAGGGGGCUCGUGCCCGUCUCCUUUUUUGAAGUCAUCGGCAAAAACGAGAGGGAUAGUGGGGGUUCCGGCGAUUUGUCCAACCACGACUCAGGCUUCUCCGACCGUCUUCCUGACUCUCACAAAAACGGCUUAUUUAGGAUGUCUGCUCUCAAGGGCCAGGGCGCCAUGGUCUACGGUAUUGUGCAGUAUGAUUUCCAGGCUGAGCGCCCCGAUGAAUUGGAUGCGAAGGCCGGCGAGGCCAUUAUCGUCAUCGCGCAGUCCAACCCCGAGUGGUUUGUCGCUAAGCCGAUCGGCCGUCUUGGAGGUCCCGGUCUGAUUCCCGUCUCCUUCAUCGAACUGCGCGAUAUGCAAAGCGGCCAGGCGGUCGUUGACCCAUUGGAUGCGGUGCGACGCGCGGGUGUCCCCAAGGUGGAGGAGUGGAAGAAGAUGACCGCGGAGUACAAGAACAGCAGCAUCACCCUCGGCAAGAUCGAGGGAGGUCAAGGCCAGAGUGGAGGCGGCCAGAUGAUGGCCGUUACUUCAGGCAUGGACAAGAUGUCCAUGAGCCAGGGCCAUCAGUCUCAGUUGAGUCAGAACGGCAACGGUUAUGAUCACCAACGCAAUGCCAGCCGAUCAACCGUGUCGCAAGCGCCCGGUCAACAGGGCUACCCCCUUCUCGUCCCGGUCUCCGCGUAUAUUCCCCGCUACUGUUUCGACAAUGAUAAGUACUGGUAUAUUAUCGAGGCGAAGAUGGAAGACGGUCGCUGCUGGGAGCUGUCACGUUAUUACCACGACUUCUACGAUUUCCAGAUCGCCCUUUUGACCCAGUUUGAAGACGAAGCCGGCAACCGGGGCCGCGCGCGAACUCUCCCAUUCAUGCCCGGCCCCGUUACCCACGUCACGGACGCCAUCUCCAACGGUCGCCGCCAAAACCUCGACGAAUAUAUCAAGAAACUCCUCUCCAUGCCCCCACACAUAUCCCGCUGCAGCCUGGUGCGCGAACUGUUCGCGCCCCGUGACGGCGAUUUCGAAAUCGACCCUGCGGCCUUUGGCGAAGACGCACGCUACUCCGGGGGCUCCCAGCAAUCCGGCAUGGAGCCCUCUCAAAGCGUGUCACGCCAAUCCUCGCAGCAGCAAAUCAACGCCUCCACCGAUCGGAUCUCGCAGCAGCGUGCGCCCACGCUCGCACCGAACGGCACCCGGCCACCCAUGGAUCGCCAACCCAGCUCCAUCACCCAGGCCUCGGGCACCUCGAGCAACAGCGCGAUGAAGGUGAAGGUCUUCUUCCAGGAUGACCUGAUUGCUAUUCGCAUUCCGUCCGGGGUCAGCAUGCAACAUCUCAAGGACAAGCUGUGUGAUCGUUUGAAGAUCAAUGGAGAGAUCCUGGUGCAAUAUCGCGACGAACAGACUGGCUCCUAUGUUGAUCUUCACACCGAUCAGGAUCUGGAGAGCGCGAUGCAACGAAACACCAAGCUGACGCUGUUCGUCAGCAUUGCAUAA